UCUUGUCAGGAAGUUAUAACAGAUUAUAAUAAGCGCAUUUACUUGUUGAAAUGGCAAAUCAAACUCAACUUAUCAUCGAUUUAGCUAAUCUUGGACUUAGCGAAAGGAAAAUAAAUGAAACAAUAAAAAAUGGAUAUCUGUGUAAAACAAUAUCAAACGCAUUGUUGUUUGUGCCAUGUGGCUAUAAAUUGACAAAUGUUGAAGGACAAUUAAUCUAUCAGGUUUGUACGAAAAUCAAGCAACAAUCAAUGAAUCAUUUAGAAUUUCUGGUUAAGAAUAUUCUUGAGAAGAAACUUGACACAUCACUUCGUAUAGAUUCAGCUCUCGAAUAUUUGCUGGUGAAUGGAACUAAUAAAGAAGUCGAUGUAGAACAAUUCGAAAUUUUUUGCGGUGUUGGCGUAGUUGUCACACCUGAAGAAAUUGAUCGUGCUGUGGAAUCUGUGAUUGCUCACAAUAGAAAAGCAAUUGAAGAUCAAAGGUAUCACUUUAAUGUAGGUAAAUUACUUGCUGCAGUACGUGCUAGCUUACCAUGGGCUGAAGGAAAGUCAAUAAAAAAUGAGGUUGACGUUCAAAUUUUUAAUUUACUUGGACCCAAAAGUGAAGCUGAUAUAGUACCACUUACUAAAAAGUCUAAAAACAAAACUGAAUUUGUUUCGGAGAUUAGUGCUUGUAACAGUUUUGCAGAGAUAGUUUUCGACGGAGCAAAGUCAAUUUCCGAACUGAUGAAAUCCGUUCAUUUCCAUGCUCCUGGUGAAAAUCAUAGAACAGAUGGUUACGUCAUUACAGAUCGAACAGCUGAUUUAUUAAAAGAACAUCUAUGUAGAACAGGAGGUUUAGUUCAAACUCGAUUUCCACCAGAACCAAAUGGUAUUCUACAUAUUGGUCACGCUAAAGCUAUUAACAUUAAUUUUGGAUACGCGAACGCUAAAAAUGGCGUUUGCAUAUUACGCUUCGAUGACACUAAUCCUGAAAAAGAAGAGGAGAAAUUUUUCAUUGGCAUCAAGGAUAUGGUUGAUUGGUUAGGAUAUAAACCGUUCAAGAUAACAUAUUCAUCCGAUAAUUUCCAACAGUUGUAUGAAUUGGCGGUUGUAUUGAUAAAAAAGGGACUCUCAUACGUGUGUCAUCAAACAAAUGAGGAAAUGAAAGGUUUUAAUCCCGAACCAUCGAAGUGGCGUAAUCGCCCGAUCGAAGAGAGUCUGCAGCUUUUUGAGGAUAUGAAGAACGGAAAGAUAAAUGAAGGUGCAGCUACAUUGCGCAUGAAAGUUACUCUUGAAGAAGGUAAAAUUGAUCCAGUAGCGUACAGGAUAAAAUUUCUUUUUCAUCAUAGGACCGGUAACGCGUGGUGUAUUUAUCCUACUUAUGAUUACACACACUGUUUAUGUGACAGCAUUGAAGAUAUAACUCAUUCGCUUUGCACGAAGGAAUUCCAAUCACGUCGCUCAUCUUAUUAUUGGCUUUGUAAUGCGUUAGAUAUGUAUUGCCCUGUUCAAUGGGAGUAUGGUCGACUUAACCUAAACUAUACCGUUGUUUCAAAACGAAAAAUUGGCAAAUUGAUAGCAGAAGGUAUCGUCAAGGAUUGGGAUGACCCGAGACUAUUUACAUUGACUGCUUUGCGACGGCGAGGCUUUCCGGCUGAAGCUAUCAAUAAUUUUUGUGCGCGAAUGGGCGUAACCGGAGCACAGAGCUCGAUUGAUCCAUCUGCGUUAGAAGCAAGCGUACGUGAUAUUUUGAACAUUACGGCUCGAAGGGCAUUAGUAGUAUUGGAACCGCUAAAAAUUACUAUCACAAAUUUCCAGUACGAUGCACCAGUUGAAAUAGUCGUUCCGAAUUUCCCAAGCGAUCCUAAUAAAGGAGUUCAUAAAAUUUGGUUGCAUAAUGUUUUAUACAUAGAACGUUCAGAUUUUACUGAAUUUCCUGAGAAGGGAUAUCGCCGUUUGACUAGUCAUCAAUCCGUUGGAUUACGUUACGCAGGACUUGUUAUUUUCGUAACCGAUAUUUUGAGAGAUUCGUUCGGAAACGUGGUUGAACUUAUUUGCAAGUGUGAACGCGGUGAAACCACGGAGAAACCAAAAGCAUUCAUACAAUGGGUGUCGAAGCCAACGGAGAUCGAAGUGCGGAUUUAUGAAAGACUAUUUUAUCAUAAAAACCCCGAGGAUACCAAUGAGAUACCCGAGGGAUUCGUAAGUGACUGCAACUUAGAGUCUUUGAGAAUUGUGAGUGCAUAUGGUGAUGCUUCAAUUAAAAAUGCUAAAGUGUAUGAUAAAUUUCAAUUCGAAAGAAUCGGAUACUUCUCGGUUGAUCCAGAUAGCAACGACGAUCGACUGAUUUUCAAUAAAACUGUAGGAUUAAAAGAAGAUUCUAGAAAAGCAUGAUAUUUCUUAUAUUUUCGUAAAAUAUUAUAAUAUCCUCAACUUCCAA